AUGGGUAACGAUUUAUUGCAAGGAUAUCAUUCUUCCGAUAAAUUAGCGACCGUUCAGACGACACGAAACAUGCAGUCGGAAUCAAAUCCUUCCAUGGGUGACACAGCUACGACUCGUGAAGACGGAGAACAGGUUAGGUCCGCCGAGUCAGUUGAUUCACAGAGGACCCCUGACGGUAUAGAAACUCAGCUACCGGAAACGUCAGGCAGCAAUGGUUCACAAACGUUACCAAAGGAGUAUGAAGAAGCUACUUUUGAAAAGAAUGCCGAGUUCAUGGAGAAUAUUAGGAAGGAAACUGCUGAAAAAUCACCACUUGUAUGUCUUUCCGAGAGCAUCGACAUGUUAUACGAAGAGUAUCGACAUGGUAGCGAAGUAUAUAGGCAAAAAAUUAUGAAAUUAAAAGAAAAACACGGUAAAAUAAGACGUUGUCGAGGCGAUGGAAAUUGUUUCUAUCGAGCAUUUGGGUUCGCGUGGUUCGAACAACUCAUGAAUUCCAAGGAUCAAAAUCUCGGCCAGAACGCACUUACUGCUUUGGCUUCCACGAAACCGCUUCUUGAUUCGGUAGGAUACCAAUCGUUGGUAUAUGAGGAUUUCUAUGAAGUCUUCGAGCAACAAUUGAAGUCAGCCGCGGAAGGAGGACUAGACGAUGACCGUUUAUUAUCAAUCUUUCAAACCGACGAAAUCUCCAAUCAACUUGUCUUAUAUCUUCGGUUUGUCACUGCCGGGUAUUUGAAAAAACACCGUGAAAGUUAUGAACCGUUCUUAGAAUUUGAUUUCGGAAUGGAUCAGUUUUGUAACAAAUAUGUGGAAGCGAUGGACGUGGAGGCUGACCACAUUCAUGUGAUCGCAUUGACCAAAGCUCUUAAGGUCCCGGUAGAGAUCGCUUAUAUGAGUGGUUCUAAUGCGAUGGAACAAGUGAAUUUUCAUGAAUUUUAUCCAGAAACGGAACCGACCAAAGAAUAUGAUUCGUUGAAGCCGUUAGUGUUAUUGUACAGACCUGGACAUUAUGACAUUCUUUAUCGCGACGAAUGA